UGCAGGUGGGACUCCCAAAAGUAUGGCAAACUACAGCAAUUCAGAUGCCAUAAGAAACUAGGGAAAGUGAGAAGUCACCUGAUCCCGUAAAACCCUCGAGCUUGGCCGCCGGCAGUAUCUGACUAACGCAAAAGUGAAUUGUGUCAGGUACAUGGAGUAGGAGUAGUUUACAGGGCAUGCGCCUGCCGUUUGCUUCAGUACCUAGUUCGUUGCUAUGGCUGUGGUGGAGCUUUACACUAAGUACAAUAGGGUGUGGAUCCCUGAUACAGAUGAAGUAUGGAAGUCUGCUGAAAUUACGAAGGACUACAAGACUGGGGACAGUGAGCUUCACCUACAGCUGGAGGAUGGGACAGAAUUAAAAUACCAUGUGGAUCCUGAGAAAAAAAUCCUUCCUCAUCUGCGAAAUCCUGAUAUUCUUGUAGCUGAAAAUGACCUUACAGCACUGAGUUAUCUCCAUGAUCCUGCUGUUCUCCAUAAUCUCAAAGUUCGAUUUGUGGAAUCUAAACUUAUCUACACCUAUUGUGGAAUCAUUCUUGUGGCAAUUAAUCCCUAUAAACAGCUGCCCAUUUACGGAGAUGCAAUCAUUCACGCAUACAGUGGACAAAAUAUGGGUGAUAUGGACCCACACAUAUUUGCUGUGGCUGAAGAAGCUUAUAAACAAAUGGCAAGGAACAAUAAGAAUCAGUCCAUCAUAGUGAGUGGUGAGUCAGGUGCUGGGAAGACUGUCUCUGCCAGAUAUGCAAUGAGAUAUUUUGCAACUGUCAGUAAGUCUAGCAACAAAGCAAACGUGGAAGAGAAGGUGUUGGCUUCAAAUCCAAUUACUGAGGCUAUUGGUAAUGCCAAGACCACCAGAAAUGAUAACAGCAGUCGCUUUGGAAAAUAUACUGAAAUCAGCUUUGACAAUCGAUACCGAAUCAUUGGUGCAAACAUGAGAACAUAUUUGCUUGAAAAAUCAAGGGUUGUCUUUCAGUCAGAGAAUGAGAGAAAUUACCAUAUAUUUUACCAACUUUGUGCUUCUGCGGACGAGCCAGAAUUUAAACAUCUGAAGUUAAUAAGUGCAGAAAAAUUUAAUUACACCAAUGCCGGUGGCAACAUUUUCAUUGACGGAAUUGAUGAUAAAGCAGACAUGGCAGCAACUCGAAAAACAUUUACAUUGCUUGGUCUCAAUGAUGAUUUUCAGAUGGAUGUGUUUAAAGUCAUUGCAGCAAUACUUCACUUAGGUAAUGUGAAGAUAAAGGCCGCUAGUGAGGAGAAAUCCUCUGUUUCUCUGGAGGAUGAACAUUUGAACAUUUUUUGUGACCUUCUCAGCAUAGAUGCAAGCAAUAUGGCAUGUUGGUUGUGCAAUCGAAAACUCGUUACUGCCACAGAAACUGUAGUAAAGCCAAUGACGAAGGUUCAAGCUGGCAAUGCAAGAGAUGCACUAGCAAAGCAUGUGUAUGCUCAUCUGUUUGACUACAUUGUUAAAGAGAUUAACAAAGCUUUGAAAUUUCAUGGCAAACAGCAUACAUUUAUUGGAGUUUUGGAUAUUUAUGGCUUUGAAACAUUUGAUAUAAACAGCUUUGAGCAGUUUUGCAUCAAUUAUGCUAAUGAGAAGCUACAACAGCAGUUUAACAUGCAUGUGUUCAAAUUAGAACAGGAAGAAUAUAUGAAGGAAGAUAUCCCAUGGACAUUGAUCGAUUUCUAUGAUAACCAACCUGUCAUCGACCUUAUUGAAGCUAAGAUGGGCAUACUAGACCUGCUUGAUGAAGAAUGCUUGAACUAUUCUUUCAACAUAGAAUCUUAA